AAUCACUUCCUCCCUGCCCAUCUUCACCACCUUCACAAACACGCCCGAUUUUGGCUCGCCCCUCCCCCAUUGCUUCCUGCCUCCUGCCUCCUACCUCACUGGCCGCACGGAACCUUGACUCUCGGCUCUCAUCUGUUCCUUCCCACUACUGGACCCUUACUCACACUUCCAUUUCUCAUCCUCCCACUCACUCAUUCUCAUUCUCAUCCACAUACACCCCCAAAUACCAGACACCAAACAUCACACAUCCACACCCAUAUCCAAUAUUCGCCGCGUCCGCGUCCACGCGCGCUUCUUCCCGGCCUUACGUCCUUCCCACCAGCUGUGUUCCAAACCCUUUGCACAUUCCCCAUACUCACUCCCCAUCGGCCGCGAUCCCUUCACACAUCCAUAUCUAGCCAUCUCAUGGGCUGCACCUGGUCUACGGCCGCCUGCCUCACUGGAUAAAUAGUCCUCGGAUUGGCCCAGCCUAUGGAUCGGAGUCCUCGCCGUUCUGCAGACGAACCUCAACCUGUCGGCCCUCUUGCACCUCAUCACCCGCGGGAAGGGCCCCGGCAUCAUACUUCGUCAUCUCAUCGCCCUCCCACGCGCACCUAGCCAACGCCAUCAUGGCGCAGAAAACCCAACCUGCCAGCAGUUCUGAGGACCAAUCUCCCAGCGCCACUCCGUCUGCACAAGACGCCUCGGAUUCCACACAACCUGCCGCUUCGGGCGCGUCAACCUCCAAGGCAGCCUCUGCCGCCCAGAAAUUCCAUCAGACAGAGCUCGAUGCGGCACUGCGCAAUACCUCGCAAUCCAUGGCUAAGUCGUCCCCCACGGGUUCAGACCCGGCCGCGAAGGAUGCUGGCAUUGAGGCCGCAAACCCCUACGGGACGCGGUCACGAAACCGCAAUGGAUCUUCGCGCCCAAACUACGCAGAGGACAAGGACCUGGAUGUGGACAUGUACGACUACGCCACAGAGAAGAAGGACCAGGAGUCUAAGAAAUCGGCGCGUCACAGCAAUGUGUCGGCGACGUCCGCCCAGGAGGGCGCGCGCGCCAACGGGUCAACCCGUAAAGCUCUCCCCUCUGACGACACAAAGCCAACCACUCCUCAGAACGGAGCAAAGGACGUGCAGCCAUCAAACCCACCCGCAACACCGCAAACACCGGCCACGACAACCUCAACGCAACCCUCAAAAAAGCGCAAGGCAGCUUCACACGCUGCGACUGCGACUUCUCAGGCCCAUGCUUCUGCAGCGACACCAUCCGGCACCGGCACAGGGGCAUCACGAAAGACGGCGUCGGGCCCCUACGCUAGCUCAUACGCAGAGACAAACAUGCUCAGUUUUGGGAAUUCUCGUGCGGUUCCUAGAGAUGGGAAGUUAGUGGCAGAUGACGGUACCGUACUAGCACCCAAUGACAAUGUUUAUCUUGUGUGUGAGCCUCCAGGGGAGCCAUACUAUCUCGGUCGCAUCAUGGAGUUUCUCCACACGCAGAAUGACCACACCAAACCGGUGGAUGCACUUCGCAUCAAUUGGUUCUACAGGCCCAAGGACAUUGGCAAAAAGGUCAAUGACACGCGCCUGGUAUUUGCGACAAUGCACUCCGAUAUUAGCCCUCUCACAGCUUUGCGUGGCAAGUGCCAGAUCCUGCACAAAGCGGAAAUUCCCAACAUGGACGAGUACCGAAAGAUUUCGGAUUGCUUCUGGUAUGAGAAACUCUACGACCGAUACAUCCAGAAAAAUUACGACCUCAUUCCCACAUCGACAAUCGUGAACGUGCCCGAGAGGGUUAAGAAAGUGCUUGAUGAGCGCUGGAAAUUCGUUAUUGUGGAGCAGGGACGCGGAAAAGAGUUCACCAGCGCAGUGAAGCUCUGUAAGCGAUGCAGCGGCUACUGUGCAAGUAAUGACUCGGUUGACUGUGCUGUGUGUAAGAAAACAUACCACAUGAACUGCGUCCGGCCGCCGCUGCUGAAAAAGCCUUCCAGAGGCUUCGCCUGGUCCUGUGCUGCCUGCAGCCGCGCUCAGGAACGUAAACUGGAGGCUCGACAUACUCCCAACCUUCUGGAUCCCGUUGGCGACGGCGAUGAUGAGGAUCUUUAUGAUGACGACGAAGACGAGAUGCAGAUUGACACCGAGCGAACGAGCCCCGCCGACGACGAUGACUCUCAUCGCACCGGCACUGCGGAGCAAAUCUACCAAGCCAGCCUCUGGCCUUGGCGGUACCUCGGAAUACACUGCAAGCCCGAGGAUGCUCUUGAUUAUGACGAUCGGAUUUACCCUCGUGCCAGUACUCGAAUUGGUCCCAAACAUCAAGCCCCUGUGCUUCCAUGGCCCGGCCAGCCCGUGCAGUACCAGAAGCCUCUUGAAAUCAAGAGAACGGGAAAGAAGGGCCCGGGUUUGUCGAAGGAGGCGCUGGCGGCUUUGGAGGCCGAAAAAUCCCGUCGCGAGAACCGUCCCAAGUGGGUGCAGGACGAACCUCCAGGUUAUGUGGCAAGAGGCGAAGAUUACGACAGUGACGAUCCGAAUGCGACGGCCACCCGUCUAUGGGCCCCGCCUCCAUUGACGGACAGAAACCAAGACUGGGAGGCCAAAGUCGAUCAGUAUAUGAAGAAGGCAGAAGAACUGGCGCCCAAGUUCGGUCUGCCCAAAAACUCGACUAACCUUCACGACGUCGCCCUGGAGACGUAUUUUCACAGUGGCUACAAUGAGGAACGCGCGGUCAAGCUGUUUUCGGAAGUGGAUAAAGCAGCUUUCAAAGAGCCCGAUCUGACGGCAACGGAACAGAAGAAAUUCGAAGAAGGUGUCGGCAAGUACGGGUCCGAGCUUUAUCUGGUCAAACGACACGUCAAGACAGUCCCGCCCGGGACGAUUGUGCGAUACUACUACACCUGGAAGAAGACUGCGCAAGGCAAGCAGAUAUGGGGUAACUUUCAGAAUAGGAAGAGUAAAAAGGAGGCCAAGAAGGCAGAGGUCGCGGCGAGCAAGCUCCAAGACGACAUCGCCGACGAUGCCGACGACUCUGCGUUUGAUUGCGGCAAAGCGCACAACAAGAAGAAGGGCUUCGUGUGCAAGUUCUGUCACACAAAAUACUCGAGACAGUGGAGGCGAGCACCCAACGCAUCAGGCACUCCCGUGAGCGAGAGCGGCGGCAAGAACUCGACUAAGGAUAAGAACAACCAAUAUAUCCAAGCUCUAUGCCGUAGAUGCGCCGAGCUUUGGCGGCGAUAUGCUAUUCAGUGGGAAGAUGUCGACGAGGUGGCCAAAAAGAUCGCCCAGGCAGGAGGCCGGGCCUGGAAGAAGCGGCAGGACGAGGAGCUACUCAAGGAACUCGAGGCUGCCAAGGAAAUGCACACGUACUGGAACACGCCUCCGCCGGUCAGUGCUCCGGAGCCGGUCACUGCAGCCCCUGUACCCCCGAGCGAACCACCCCGCAAGAAGCUGAAGGGAUCCGCUCCGGACAGAGACUCGGAACCGUUGGCGUCGGAUUCUGCUCCUGUUGCCGCCCCCGUCAAAAGGAAGGAGAAAGCAGCCGAGAAGCCAGCCCCUCCACCGGUUCCUGAGAUUCCGAAGCCCAAGACUAUGCCGUGCGCAAUUUGCGAUCAGUUGGAACCAUUGGGAGACCAGCAUCUCUCUUGCAGAGAGUGCCGGUUGACAGUGCACCGCAACUGCUACGGAGUUGUCGACAACAGAAACCCUGGCAAAUGGACUUGUGAUAUGUGCGCCAACGACAAGAGCCCGCAAGUUUCGAUCCAAUACAAAUGUGUCUUGUGCCCUGUGGAGAACACAGAACAUGAUUUUGUCGAGCAGCCCAAGAUUUCUGCUUCCAAGAAGAAGUCAGAAAAGGAGAAGGAGCGCGAAAGACUCGAGCGUGAACAAGCGCAGAAGGCCGCCGACUAUUACAGGAAGAAGCAGGAGGAGAACAACCGGCCAGUAAACCCUCGGGAACCUCUGAAACGCACUGCAGACAACAACUGGGUCCAUGUCACUUGUGCCGUUUGGACAGCGGAAGUCAAGUUCGGCAACGCCAAGGCACUGAGUCCGUCCGAGGGCAUCCCGUCCAUUCCUCGGACGAGGUAUGAUGAGGUUUGCAAGGCCUGUGGUUUCAAAGGUGGCGCAUGCGUUGCCUGUCAUCAUUGUCGAAAUCCUGUCCAUGUUGAAUGCGCCCGUCAGCAAGGCUAUGUCCUCGGCUUUGAUAUCACACCAAUCAAGGGAUCUCGUCGUGAUCAAUUUAACAUGGUUACCAUCAAUGGCGAGAGCGGCGUCAUGGCAGCCACUGUAUGGUGCAAAGACCACGUUCCGACAAAGAGCGUCAUUCACCGCAUUCACGACAUUGUGAACGAUGACGGCCUUAAUGCUCUCCAGCUCUAUGUGCAGAGCUACAAGCAGGCGGAUCUCACGUUGACUGGUACAGUCCGAAAGGCCAAUCUCAUGACAAAUGCUGCUGCCAAGCUGGGCGGCGUGCCUGUGACAUCAGGUCCUCGGCGAGCUUCAACCACAACCCUACCUACCAACGGUGUUUCUCAUAGCGGGAAUAACAACAACAACACCAACAACAACGACGAAACAUCAAGUGAUCACCAAGCAGGAGAAAAGAUCUGCAUCACCUGCGGCAUCGAUGUUAGUCUCAAGUGGUGGCCCAUCGAAAACUCUGACGAGCGGGAACUCACCAACGGCCACUAUGGCAGCCUCGGAUCAGAGGCUCAAAAGUUUGUGGAGCAGAGGAAGUUCCAGUGUCACAAGUGCCGCAAACUCAAGCGAAAGCCCAAUCCCCACCCGCCCAAGGAUCCGUCGCCAGUAAUCGAAGCCGUGAGACUAGUGCCUCCUCCGCUACCGGUCGUUCCGCCGCACCACGCACUGGCGGCGCCUCCUCCGGGUCCUCCACCACUGCGAAGCCCGCCAACGACCGGCCCGGAAGCAAGGGCUCGCAGUCUCUCAUCAUAUGCUUGGGUAGCCCCGGCCCCGCCUCCGCCUCCGCCUGCCUCGCAGCCCACGGCAGCUCCUCCUCCGCCGGCAGUUCCUACCGCACCACCCGUGCAGGCUGCCCCUGCGCCCCCCCCGAUUCCGCCGCCGGCACCCCAUCAGGCCCCCAGUCCUUAUGGCCCUCCCCCGGCGCCAAGAUAUGGAGACUGGCACAGCCGUCCGCCUGCACGGCACGGCUCCCCGCCCCAGAGACCGCCGCCAUUCCAGCCGCUGUCGACGCUGCGCCCUCCGCCAAUGGCCGUGCCCGCACACACCCCGAUGCCUGCAGCCGUUCCCAACGGGCAUAUGGGACAGCCUGCACACAACGGAAUGCCACCUUCGUCCCUUGUGCCCGGGCCCGGGUCCAUGUCCCACGGGUCUCACGGUACACAUGGUACACACGGUCCACACAGUUCCCACGGGUCACACGGUUCUCACGGGUCACACGGGUCACACGGUUCGCAAUACAUCCACCCUUACCGGCAGAGCUCCCAUGGUCUUCCUCUUGGAAUGCCCAAUGGCGGCCCUCCACAAAGAGGCCCCGAUGCAUUCGCGCAAGGACUUCUGCCUCAACGAGCGCCAUACGGUAGCCCUCCUGCCCAUGACGCCGGAGGUCCUCUGAGGACACCCAAUAUGCGCCCGGCUAACGAGCCGCCUCGGCCAGCUGGGGCGAGCACCAGUCCGUCUCUGCGUAACCUGCUUUCUUAAGGGCCUCAAAGCAUUUGUAUUGAGUAUUGUGAUUUGUGGGGUUUUGAGGGCUGGAGGUUCAACGAUGCCUUUCUGUGGGGCGUUUGGGAUCAGAGCUGGAGUGCGGAAACUAUGUCUUGCUCGUAUAGAAUAAUCGUCCCAUUGAAGCGGAGGAAACUCGUGUGUCGCCCGACACUCAGCGGUUAAACUGGCGGGUUGCCACAAGGAAAAGAGUGCCCUAAGGGGCUGGGCUGGGAUAGAUCCGUCUCGUAAGACACGUUUGUAAGAAGAUCUGUUGUUGAAUAGAUGCCCACGCAUGUUACUGGCAUUCACGCGCAUGCAGCCGUUCUCUUUCAAACGCUCUCUUGCAGUUCGUCUUCCCAUAACUCCCUCGCCGCCUAUAUCUCAUCUAUUCCUCACCAAUGUCUUCGUUCCUGUUCAAAAAUCAGCCUCAUAUUGACCGGGAGUUCGGUCGAGGGAAACCCCCAGUGCAGGAAAGCCGUACCAGACUUCGGGCUUCUCGGCGAUGAAGUCGUCCAUGAGGGCCUUGCACUCGGCGCUGUCGACGACAACAACCUCGACGCCACGCUGCUUGAGGUACGCCUCGCCACCGAGGAAGGUCCUGUUCUCGCCGAUGACGACGCGAGAGAUGCCGUACAGGAGACAAGCGCCGGUACCUGCCGUUGUCAAUGUGUCACCAGUUUGGGAAGAGGGGAUAUAAAUCGUUGUUCUUUCUGAAGGGGAGCGGAGCAAGGGGUCUAAGGACGUGAGACUUACACAUGUCGCAAGGGGAUAAGGUCGUGUACAUUGUGCUGCCCUUGUAGGCCUUGCCGGGCAAGCGACCGGAGUUGAAGAGGGCGUCGGUUUCGCCCUAGGCGGUGUUCCUGUCAGCUUCACCGGGAUCGUGUGAUGGCAUUCAAAGAAGAAGAAAGAGAAUGAUUAUGAUGUUGGCCUUACAUGGUGGAUAGCAGAGC